GACUUCAUAAUACCAUGAUGUGCAGGCAGAGACUCUAAGAAUCAAGAGGGGACAAACCUGAAAGCAUUAUUCUCUUGGAACACUACAUAAACAAAGAUGAAUGACUACAGAUUUAUAUUCCACUACCUCAGCGCAUUUUUAGGCUUUAUCGUUGCCAUCGUUCUGUUUUUAUACAUCCAAACCUCACUAGCAGGUUUGACCAUCACGCUUUUUGAAGAUUUCUCCACGAAAGGUGCGUGCUCUUGUGACAGUUGCAUAAUGGACAAGAUGGAGGAUGAUAAAUGGUUCUUUGUGCGUUACAAUCGCAACAUCCAACUUAUGCUCAACAAGAAGAACAGUGUUUUACGCCAGGACGUCUUGAAAUGGUGGAAGGGUCUACAGUAUGUAUCAUCCAGAAGCAUCCAAAAGCAGGAUGCAUUAUCCAACUACAAAGCAGUAGUAGAGAAGUUGUUUUCACUUUUCCCAGACAAAGAACACUACUCAGACGCUGGUCCAGAUCGUUGCAGAACCUGUGCUGUGGUGGGGAACUCAGGGAGCCUCAAAGGAUCCUAUUCUGGGCCUCUAAUAGAUUUCCAUGAUUUUGUCAUUCGGAUAAACAAGGCCCCAACAAAAGGCUAUGAGAAGGAUGUGGGAUCGAAGACCACACACCGGUUUAUCUAUCCUGAAAGCGCUGUGGACAUUGACAGCUCUACACACCUAGUGUUUUGUCCAUUUAAAAUUUUGGAUAUUAACUGGCUCAUCAGUGCCUUCACCACUAAACACAUUAAAUAUACAUAUAUGAAAGUGAGACCUACAAUAAAAGCAAACAAAAACAAGGUCAUGAUUCUCCAUCCUGCAUUUAUAAAAUAUGUGUAUGAUAGCUGGUUGCAGAAACAUGGCAGAUAUCCAUCUACUGGAUUCUUAACAUUGAUAUUUGCCCUACACAUCUGUGAUAAGGUUAGUGUGUUUGGGUUUGGACCGACCAGUGACGGAUACUGGCAUCAUUAUUUUGACAGAAGUCUGACUAACUUUAGAAGAGGUAGUCAUGGUGGAGAUUUUGAAAAUAAAACUGUCCAUAAUCUUCAUCUUAAAAACAAGAUAAUAAUGUAUAAGGGAUGGUAAUAAAUACUGUAUGUGUAAAA